AUGCCAGAGAAAACUUCUAAAAACAUUGUGCUGAAAAAUGCUAAUAAUUCUGCAAAUAAUGAAGAUGAUAAGCCUUUUCAAGUGCUGGAUGAAACUGAUAUUGCCGUUCUCAAACGUUACGGCCAAGGUCCUUAUGCUGAACAAUUGAAACAACUUGAAACUGAUAUCGAAGAAUGUGUGAAAAAGGUUAAUGAAUUGUCGGGUGUAAAAGAAAGCGAUACAGGACUUGCCCCUCCAGCUUUAUGGGAUAUUGCCGCCGACAAGCAAACUAUGCAGAGUGAACAGCCUUUGCAAGUCGCCCGAUGUACAAAAAUAGUCACUUCUGAAAACCAUGAUCCUAGGUAUUUGAUCAAUGUAAAGCAGUUUGCGAAAUUCGUUGUUGAUUUAGCUGAUACUGUAGCUCCAACUGACAUUGAAGAAGGUAUGCGAGUUGGAGUUGAUCGAAAUAAGUACCAAAUUCAUUUACCAUUACCAGCAAAAAUCGAUCCAUCUGUGACAAUGAUGCAGGUGGAAGAAAAGCCAGAUGUUACUUAUGCUGAUGUCGGAGGUUGUAAGGAUCAAAUUGAAAAACUAAGAGAAGUUGUUGAAACUCCAUUACUUCAUCCAGAACGAUUCGUUAAUUUGGGUAUUGAACCACCUAAAGGCGUCUUGCUCUAUGGACCACCAGGCACUGGAAAAACGUUAUGCGCGAGAGCAGUAGCAAACCGAACAGAUGCUUGUUUCAUACGUGUAAUUGGUUCUGAGUUAGUUCAAAAAUAUGUUGGAGAAGGUGCACGUAUGGUGCGUGAACUUUUUGAAAUGGCGAGAACCAAAAAAGCAUGUUUAAUUUUUUUUGACGAGAUUGAUGCUGUUGGUGGUGCUAGAUUCGAUGAUGGUAUGGGUGGUGAUAACGAAGUACAGCGUACAAUGCUUGAACUAAUAAAUCAAUUAGAUGGUUUUGAUCCGCGAGGAAACAUAAAAGUUUUAAUGGCUACUAAUCGUCCAGAUAUAUUAGAUCCUGCUUUAGUUCGUCCAGGUCGACUUGAUCGUAAAAUUGAGUUUGCAUUACCUGAUUUAGCUGGCCGAACACACAUCUUGAAGAUUCAUGCGAAACAAAUGAGUGUCGAACGAGAUAUUAGAUAUGAUCUGCUUGCUCGUUUGUGCCCCAAUAGUACGGGGGCAGAAAUCCGAAGUGUGUGUACAGAAGCUGGGAUGUUUGCUAUUCGAGCUCGACGGAAGCUUGCAACAGAAAAAGAUUUUCUCGAGGCAGUUAAUAAAGUGAUUAAAGGCUAUGCUAAAUUUAGUGCCACUCCCCGUUAUCUUACUCAUAAUUGA